AUGACCUAAUGGUUUCCAGCUGUUGUGAUUGUUUCAUAGCGAGCGAUGACUUAUAUCAAUAAAACAACUAAACACUUCAACUAAAAGGCGAAGUAUAGCCCUUCUUGUUACCACUUUAGUUUAAUUGUUUUAAAAUAUGGCGGGUGCGAAUGAAUUGUCUUUACGGAAACUGCUGUCAAAGCUUUAUAAAUACAGAGAUCUCACCGUACGCGACGUAACAAACGUGACGUCUCAGUACAAAGAUCUUAAACCUUUGAUGGACAACUACGUGUUCAAUGAUGGUUCCAACAAAGAGCUGCUGAGUCUUACAGGAACAGUGCCAGUAAGCUACCGAGGAAAUGUGUAUAAUAUUCCCGUCUGCCUCUGGCUCCUCGACACCUAUCCCUACAAUCCUCCCAUCUGUUUUGUCAAACCUACAAGUGCCAUGAUGAUAAAAACAGGGAAACAUGUGGAUGCUAAUGGAAAGAUUUACCUCCCGUACCUGCAUGAAUGGAAAGCUCCACAAUCAGAUUUGUUAGGACUGAUCCAGGUGAUUGUUGUGGUGUUUGGAGAGGAGCCACCAGUCUUCUCACGGCCGAGCACUCAGUCACCCUUCCCAGCAUUCCCAGCAGCAGGGCCACCUAACAAUUUUUAUAUGCCAAAUACACCAGGCCUGCCAUUUGGUCAAAGUCUGACUUCCAAUCCGGGUGGAUUUCAGGGCUAUCCUUAUCCUGCUGCAGUGUCUGCUUAUCCCACAACACCAGUUCCUUCUCCCUAUACUCCAGUGUCUACUGUCACUACAGUGGGUCCCGGCCGUGAUGCUACCAUUGGAGAAGACACGAUUCGUGUGUCUUUAGUGUCUGCUGUCAGCGACAAGUUGCGCUGGAGGAUGAAAGAAGAGAUGGAUCGAGCUCAGGCAGAGCUUGAUGCUCUGAAAAGAACAGAGGAGGACCUGAAGAAGGGACAUCAGAAGCUGGAGGAGAUGGUGACCAAACUAGAUCUUGAGAUGGCUGAUGUGGACAAAAACAUUGACCUCCUUAAGUGUAAAGAUGAAGAAAUGACCGCAGCUCUGGAAAAGAUGGAGAACCAGUCAGAGGACAAUGACAUUGAUGAUGUCAUUUCACCCACUGCUCCCCUUUAUAAGCAGAUUCUGAACCUCUAUGCAGAGGAAAAUGCAAUAGAAGACACUAUAUUCUAUCUGGGAGAAGCAUUACGCAGAAAUGUUAUUGACUUGGACAUUUUUCUAAAGCAUGUGAGGCUUCUCUCCAGAAAACAGUUCCAGUUACGAGCCUUAAUGCAGAAGGCCCGGAAAAUAGCAGGUUUCAGUGACCUGUACUGACCUUGCUGCUCAACAUUGUAUAACAGUUACCCUGUAUUUUCUGUAGUGGGAGCACUGAGCUUUUUUCCAAACCGUAUUUAACCAAGGUGUUUAUAAGUAUAUAACAGUUUAACUACAACCUUACUAGGACCAAAACCUAAAAUCUCUGUGAAACAGAGUGGGAAGUUUACAUCCAUAAUAUUCUUAGUAGUAACUGACAACGAGUGCAUUGAAUCACUUUAUGUGCUUAGAAAUAAACGUAUAUACAAUGAAGUGACCUUUAUCAAUUUUACCCUGGUAGAGGGGGUGAAAUGAAGGACGGAAAUCAACCAGUUUUUUGCUCAGCUAAGCGCUUUAGCAUAGCCUUAUGAAAACAGCAAUCGUUGCACUUUUUGUAACUUGUGCCUCAUUUAUCCAAGUGUCUUUUCUGAUAUAGGGUAAAGGGACGUAUUCUGGGAAUUACAUGCAACCUGAAUGUUUGUCUUGUUUCUCUAUUUGAUUUUCAUGUACGUGUACUACAUUCUCUUACAAUCAGCACUUUUUGAUGUUUUAAUAAGUCUUGUAACCUCUCAGAAUGUUAUAAUACAUUCCAAUGAUCUUUCUCCACAGUUGUCAGACAUACAGUAAUUACUCCUGUUUACAGUCAUUUUGUCAAUUAACCUGAAUGUAAAUGAGAGUACCAUUAAACUAAGGGAUAAAUGGGUCAUGCACAACGCACAUAAUAUUGCUGAAUUUUUUUAUUGAACUGUUGUAUAUCUUUUUGAUCAAUUUAAACCAGAAAGUAUGAAGGGAACUCUAUUGCAUGUCUUUGCAAUAAUGUGUUUGUGUUGAAUAAGUUGGAAUUGUAACUACAUUCCAAUCAUGAAGUGUUUAUUUACGGCCACGGUGAAAAAUAAUUUAUAAAAAUUCUUAUUCCGCUAAUCUGUUGAAGGUAUAAGGGUAUUUUUAUAAAGUGUAUAUCUGAAAUAAAAUCAGUACAUCAGAA